AUGUUCGCUACCCUUUCCUUCCAACUUCAAGACAACCGGGCCAUCUACUUGGCCCUCGCUGUCCCGUCGACCAAAGACCAUCCAUCCGCACCACAGCUCACCAUCUCCGAGAGCGACGAGUGCAACAUCAUCAUCAACACCGAGGGACCUCAGCGUGCAGCCAGCAUUCGAAUGUGCAAGUCGGUCGAUAGCGGCCUCUCCAACAUGGCCUCGACCAUCCAAGCCACCACCCAGCACGACCCGGCGGAGAACAGAACCACGGUGGCCGGAGAAGUGCGCGAGAUCGCGUACGCGGCGCAGACGUCGGAGGAGAAGAAGGCGAUUCGGAGGGCGUCGAUCUCCAAGGUCACGGCGGGUACUGCUCGCAGGGAGGAGCGGCGACGCAGUGCGGCGGCGGAGACCGAGUCUCGUGCUCAGGCCCAGAGGGUGGUGUUUGAGGAAGCGGAGGCUGCGACGAAGGGCGAAACUGAGGCCAAGGAGUCUGCCGGGUAG